CCAACGGUCACUUGUUCUUUUUCCUUCCUGACCGUUUUGUCCCUACCGCCUUAACCUUUUCCACUCCAACGGUCCUCUCUCUCAAACAAUGAAGACCUGUUGAACCAAACCUUUCUCUCUCUCAAGCAACGGAAUCCAGAACUCACUGCUUGUUUCUGCGAGAGACAGGGGAGGAAGAAAGAGGUAUUUGCAACUGCAAUGGGUUGCUUUCUUGCGUGUUUUGGUUCCUCCAAAGAUCGCAAACGCCGGAGGCAGAGGCACAAGGUUCAACCUCGAGACCAAAGGAAUGCUAGUUGUACUCCACCGCAAUCUGCAGCUUCUUUGGUACAUGACCACCUAGAGAACACGAUCACUCCAGUUUUGGAAGUUGGGGAUAAGCCUGUGGAGCAAUUGAGCUCGAGUACCCGUAAAAGAGUUACUUUUGAUUCAAACAUCACAACUUAUGAGCACGAUGAAGUCAGUGAUUUUUCGCCGAAAAAUAAUGACAGUGACAACAGGGAGGAGCAGGAGAAUUCAGCAAAAUCAAGCCAAUCUCAGUCCUCUGAUGUUAGUUCAAUCACAUCCAGCUCUGGAUCUUACCCUCCCAACCACAGGUAUGAAAAUUGUAGAGACAGUGACGAUGAACUAGACGACGACAGUGACAUUGAUUACCAUGAUGAUGAUAGCGAUGAUGAUGUCGAUGGGGUUCUAGAGGAGUAUGAUGAUAUGUACGAGGACGAUUAUGAUUCUAGGAUUUCAAGGACAAGAAUUCCUGUGACUAAGGUGGCAACAGAUGAAAUUGAUAGUUCCACAGUUAUAGAAAAUUUGCCGGAGGGUGAUGUGAAGCCAUUCGGGUUGAAUCGCAACACUAGAGAUAGGAGUAAUUAUGUGCAUUCAGUGCUGAAUCCAGUUGAGAAUUUGACUCAGUGGAAAGCUGUAAAAGCAAGAGGGACACCACCAGCACUGAGGCAACAGAAAGAGAAUUCCUCGUUGGAUCAUGAAUCCUUGAAGUCAUUUAGUUCCGAGCCAUGCUUUAAGGAAAUGUCCUUUAGCUUCAAAGCAAAAUCUGAUCAACCCAAGAAAUCGAACCAAGAGAUGGCAGUCGAUGCUAGUCUCUCAACCUGGUUAGGUUCUGCAGAAAGUACACCCUCUAUCAAGACGACUAGCACCAACACAAUUGCUUUGGAUAGCAUUACACCAAAGCCAAGUAUGUCAGGAGGAUCUAAUUCACCAAUCAGCUUUGAAGAUAGGCCAAUUUUAGGUGCACUCACUGUUGAAGAACUGAAGCAACUGUCAGCUUCUUCUUCUUCUUCACCCAGGAAGUCACCAAGUAGAAGUCCUGAUGAGAUGCCUAUCAUAGGUACUGUCGGAACUUACUGGAACGACACCAACCUCGCUAAAGAUUCACGCUCGGCCACUUCCUAUAGAGGAAUACCAAACACAACCAGCAAGUAUAGAGGGGUAUACUCCAAGUAAGGAUUGUGUGUAAGAACUAUUAUGUGUUGUGAUGACAGGUUCUAACUACGUUGCUACCGGUGUGCAGGAUAAGAGAGUGAAUUGGCAACUCAACUCCAUUCGAGACUAGAUUGGAGAGAGCUUUGAAUAGAGAAGUGUUGCUGAAGCUUGUGAGAUGGUUUGGAGUGUUUAGUCUGUGUGUGAUUCCUGUAAUUUAUGAUUCUUUGUCAAUUAAAAUGAGAUUGUUUGUGAGAUA